ACUAGGCCUUAGAAAAAAAACUAAACUAGGGUUUGCUUCGUAUAUAUUUAAACUAACAAAAACCUCACCCGGUACCCUGAAUCGGAGGCGACAGAUUUCAACCAGAGAAAAUGGUUUCAUUCAAGUACCAUCAGUACCAGGUCGUCGGGAGAGCUCUUCCUACGGAAUCCGAUGAACACCCGAAGAUUUAUCGUAUGAAGCUUUGGGCUACCAACGAAGUUCGUGCCAAGUCCAAGUUCUGGUAUUUCUUGAGGAAGCUGAAGAAGGUGAAGAAGAGCAACGGCCAAGUCCUUGCUAUCAAUGAGAUUUUUGAGAAGAACCCAACCAAGAUUAAGAAUUAUGGUAUAUGGUUGAGGUACCAGAGUAGAACAGGCUACCACAACAUGUACAAGGAGUUCCGUGAUACCACUCUUAAUGGAGCAGUUGAUCUGAUGUACAAUGAGAUGGCUUCACGUCACAGGGUUCGGUUCCCCUGCAUUCAGAUUAUUAAGACUGCCACCAUCCCCGCCAAGCUCUGCAAGAGGGAGAGUACCAAACAAUUCCACAACUCCAAGAUCAAGUUCCCCUUGGUUUUCAAGAAAAUCAGACCACCAUCAAGGAAGUUGAAGACCACAUACAAGGCCAAAAAGCCCAAUCUAUUCAUGUAAUGUGUUUAGGUUGAGGAAAGUAUCUAGGCUGUCUCGAAACAUUCCCGAUGUUUAUCUUUUCCGUCUAUUGCCAGAUUUUGCUAUGAGCAUUUUUAGAAUGUUGUUUUUGGAUUCUAAUAUUUAUGUUUUUGUUGGAUAUUAUCUAAAUCAUUUUGAGUAGAUUCUCAAUGCAUAUUUUCUUAAAUUUGAAAUUUAUAAUAUUGACUUCAUUUGGAGGAGUAACUCCUCUCUAAA